GUGUACAAACAACGUGGCGGCGGUGGAGGGUGUUUACAGGAGCUGGAGGCUGACCAAGGCACUCAGACACUCAGCCUCGACCUCACACUCGCCUCCACACACCACCUCUCACUCUCACCUGCAAGAGGGAGUCUCCACUUCUUUCGUCUCACACGUGUUGUCGGGUAAUGGAGUAAUGGCACAGGUGUCUACCCUAGUUCAAGAAGUCCUCUCCCGCAAAUCUGCCGGGCAGACCAUUACCUCAUGCAAGAAAUGGGCUGCAUUCAUUGUUUUAUUCAUUGCUGUGCUAGUACAUGACCUGAAAGACGGUGGGAACCUGAGUGGUCGGAGCAAGUUGUGGUGGUGGACAUGCCUGGUCCUCUGUGUCGUAGCAACUGCUGCCUUAGUCAAGCUCACUUUAAGCUAUGCAAUAAACUUUUUCAUGCUUAGUACCAUAGAAGUGAAUGACAAGCAACGGUCCCUUCUCUCUAUAAAUGAAACAGAUGUUGGAUUUAAACCAGCAACACCCAAGAAAUUGAACUCCACACCAGUUGCUAACAAGUCAGUCUCUCUCUCAUCUUUGUUCAAUGCUACAUUACGUGGCUCAUCGCCCAUGAGCCCCCCAACAGCUGUCUCGCCUGUUAAUAUGUCUACGGCGUCUUGGGGAAACCUCUCCUGUCAAGGCUCCCCAGCCAUGCAGAGUCCAGGAUCAUCUGUUGAUAGUCCAGGUCUGAACUUCAGCUUGACAAGCAGCAGCGGUGGAUCUGUUACGGCUAACUCUUGGGCAUUUCAUUGCAACCAGUCAUCUUUACUGAAUUCUUCCUAUAACAUUAUGAAUAGCCCACAGCAGCAUUCCUUCUCACAAUCUCAGUUAUCGGACUCUCUUCUUGGUCCCCGGCCCAGCAGCAGUGCUAGCAGUCCGGUCUCUCCUAAACUGCAUCGUAAUCCUAUCUGUAAUGAAGCAGAACUCUUCGCCUAUUUAUAUCAACACAAAGAACGGAAAAAACACCAACAGAUCAUGUCUCAAUCAGAAAGCACUAACACUAUGAACAGUUCCCUGUGGGCGUACGGAACGUCGCCUCACUUGCAACUCUCCGACCAUGGUAGUAUCCUCCGCAAGAAUGUCUACCAGGCUGCCACCAAAGACAUUGGCCAAGAAACAAAUUCUGCCGACAGCAAGAGUGACGAUUCCAAAACUUCCACCCUGUGCAGCAACACCGUCAGCAAAAUAUGGCGCAAAAGGAAUGUCUCCCCAGAGCAACUCUUUCAGUUUACAGAAAAUUUGCGGAUUUGGAUGUCUGCAAACCUUUUGGUUCCGCUAGUGCAAGAUAUUGACACUACUAACAAGGCCUUGAGAUCAGUAGCACCCGAGAUCCAGAUAGGUUGUGUUGGUGUUGACAAGCUCAAGAAGACGGCACAGAACAUAUCUGGGCUCAAGCAGCUGGCUGAUGUUGUGCCAUUCCUGGAUGUUACAAUACACCAAGACUACCUCGUUCACCGUCUUCGAGAGUUGAGUGCUGGUGGAGCUAUUUCUGCGUACCGAUGGAAUAGAGGGAGCUCUACUUUUAAUGGGAAGCAAUGGAAAGAAGAAUACCCUACUGACACAGCUAUAUUAUUGCAUUUGUUUGCAAUGUACAUGGAUCGUCAGUUGCCACCAGAUAUUCAGCAGCCAGAGGGUCGCAUGUUCUCAAGUACCCAUGUGAUCAAAGCUCCAGAGAAACCUGUUAAACCUACCACCAGACCUCUGCUUCAUCUGAGUCAGGUAAAUCCACCCCAUGUGAAGGUAAUUCUACCUCCAGAUGAGGAAUGUGAAGUUGGCUAUGGCCGUAACAACUUCACACAUGCACUGUUACUCUUUGUCCACCAUGUCACCCACCAGCAGCACUCACGCAUUGCAAAUAUCAACCUUACUAUGUCAGGUGUAAACCUUUCCUGGGUUGUCCGUAGCAGUUGAGAAAAGGACAAAUUUAUUUACUUCUAAAUAGUAAAUUUGAAUCUCGUUGUGUUUUACAUUUAUCGUAAAUAUACAUAAAUAUACAAGUCGAGGAAAGGAGAACUGGGUUUUGUUCAUAAUAUUUGUGUGAAACAUGUAAGUUAUUAGUUUAUAUCUUUGAAAUGUAUUCCUAUCUGUUCAUUUAACAGUACCACUUGAUAUGCUUUAAUGUGGAGGUUUGUUUGGAUGUAGAUAUGAUGUUAACAAAUAUUGGACUUGAUUUCCUUACAUAUUUUUAUUUCAGUACUGCACAUUGAAACUCUGAAUGAUUUUUAAUUGAAUUUAAAUUAUACGUACAGUAGUUUAGCUUUUCUUACAGACCUUUUUACUUGAUAUUUUGUAAAAUUUAUGCUGUAUAAAUUUAUUUUGUCCCAACAUUUCCAGCAUACAAUAAAAUGUGGAGAUGAGCUAGAUGUUGCCCGCUCUAGUGUUGUUCCCAAGGGGGGCACAUUAUAAGCAUCCAGUUACCUUUA